AACGUUGCUGGUCAUUUGUUCAGUUCACGCAAUAGUUAGAGCCAAAAAUUCAAAACCCACUUCUUUAAAUAAGCAUUCAUAUUUAUUAAAAGCCUGUCAUUUCUGUUUUCUCUGUUAUCGUCUCUCUGCUUUCUCUGUCCAUGAAGAGAUCAAAAAAUGGUAUCUUUAAUUCCUCUGUCCAACUUAUAUUCAUUGGUCUUUGUCUGUUCGUUGCCGGUUGUUCCAGUCUCAAAUUAGGAGAGACCUGUUCUUCAAAUAGUGUUUGUGAUAGUGGAUUGAGUUGUGAAACUUGCCCUGCAAAUGGAAAUACCCGACCCAGAUGUACCCGGAUUCAGCCUUUGAACCCGACGUCUAAAGUAAAAGGUCUGGCAUUUAACAAAUAUUCAUGGCUAACAACUCACAACUCUUUUGCACUUAUGAAUGCUACAUCGGAGACGGGUUCAGUUCUGCUAGCUCCUACAAAUCAAGAGCAUUCUGUUACCAUUCAACUCAAGAAUGGGGUUCGCGGGCUUAUGCUAGAUAUGUAUGACUUCCAGAAUGAUAUCUGGCUAUGUCAUUCUUUUCGUGGCACUUGUUACAACUUCACAGCAUUUCAACCUGCCAUCAACGUGCUAAAAGAGAUUGAGACCUUUUUGGCUGCAAACCCAUCAGAGAUUGUUACUAUUUUCAUUGAGGACUAUGUGACGUCCCCACAGGGGUUGACCAAGGUUUUCAAUGCAUCUGGUCUCAGUAAAUACUGGUUCCCUGUAUCAAAGAUGCCUAAGAAUGGAGAAGAUUGGCCAACAGUGGAUGAUAUGGUCCAGAAUAAUGAGCGCCUGGUGGUCUUUACAUCCAAAUCAAAUAAAGAGGCCUCCGAGGGCAUUGCUUAUAAUUGGAAAUAUGUGGUAGAAAACCAAUACGGAGAUGAUGGGAUGAAAGCCGGUUCAUGUCCAAAUAGGGCUGAGUCGCCUCCCAUGAACACAAAAACGAUAUCCCUGGUUCUUCAAAACUAUUUUCCCAGUAAUCCUAAUUUAACAGAAGCUUGCCUGGACAAUUCAGCUCCAUUAAUUAGCAUGACCAAUAGUUGCUAUGAAGCUGCUGGCAAACGGUGGCCGAACUUCAUUGCUGUUGAUUUUUAUCAGAGGAAUGAUGGUGGGGGUGCCCCAGAAGCUCUGGAUCAAGUGAAUGGUCAGCUUACUUGUGGAUGUGAAAAUAUUGCCUACUGCAAGGCAAAUGCCACGCGUGGCACAUGUGAUGCACCACGAAUUGCCCCUCCACCUGCUGUCGCUUCUGCUGGUGGAAGUUCACAAUCUCCACCUGCAUCAACUCCCACAAACAUUGCUUGUGUGAAUGCUAGACCGGUCCGAUUCCAGUGGUUGUUGAGGAUAAUUUUCACAGCGAUGUUAUUAUGGCAGUAAUUAUAUUCAUGACCUUGUUUAGAUGUGCAUCAGAAUGUUUUGUAUAGACGAACUGCGGCUAAUUUCUGUCCUUACUUGGAGUGUGGUUGUUGUAGUUCAUAAGAGAGUGAUUUAUAUUAGUAUGUAGAUUGAAAGGAUACUUUAUCAUAAAUACUUUCUUAUUGAUUCCCUUAUGGGGAAAAAAGACGUACAAGGAAAUUUUUUUUUCCUGUUUCUCA